AUGUAUUCGUCGUCGUCGCUCAACGGCGAUUCGUUCGCAAAUGAGCGUAGGGACUCGAAUGCUCGGAAGGAGAUUAAUCCGGCCUCUGCCCCUGGUUACCGCCCAGGAAUCCUUGGAGAUCAGCCCCCAAUCAGCCUCAUCCAAUUCCCAAAUUCAACCAGACAUCUCAGACUAGUAACAGCAACCUUAACACUCCGCCUGCUACCACCUUAUUAUCAACACCAACACCCUCCUCCAAGCAUCGCAAACAUCUCUCAACCAGCUCUCUACUUUCUAUCCUCGAGCAUCCUUCAGAUCAUCCUCCUACCCACCCUCAUCCAUCUCGAUCAUCACCAUCCGAUCCUGCGCCAACGAGUUCAACAAGCCACAUGUCCUCGCCUCCCGACAGUGCUACAAUCAAUCAUCACAAAUCUCACCGGCGUCACUCCUCUGCACACCCCAGCAACAACCCCGAAAUCCACCCCAGGCUCGAUCACAAAACUUUUGACCAGAAAACUUAGUUUCCUCUCCUACCGCAAAGCGCACGUCCCCUCAACCUCUCCAAACUGCUCGAACUUCCUCGCUCCCCCACACUCACCCAGUCGGAUUAGGUCAUCAUCGCUAACCCGCCAGACAGCCCAUAACCCGGGCGAUGAUUCGGAAGAUGCCGAGUUUGCUAGCGCUGAUGAGGGAGACGAGAGAUUUUGGAAGCAUCUAAAGCUCCCUUCCCCACAUCGGCAUACCUGUCCACUCCCCAUCAACCCCCGCUCACCCAACUGGUCCACUACCUCGUAUACUGAUCCCACCUUCAACCGCCCGGCAAAACCUGCCCACUCGCCCCUCACACAACACAAACAAGUCACUGACUCCGCCCUUGAUCCUAGCUUCCUGGCGCACAACAAUCAGUCGGAUGCUUCUACAUCUUCAACCUCGAAUCGCAAUUCCACCUAUCAAUCCUCGAUUAGGUUCACCUCACCCACAAGACUCAGAGGGCCGUCAACUAAGAAGAUUCCUGCUGAAUUUAGAGCGGGUCGAGUAUUCGUCAGAUCAUCUCAGAUUUUUGCCGAUCAGGCUGCUACUCUAUCCUCUUCAGACCCAUCUACUACGUCUGUUGAAGAAUCCGAGCAAGACCAAAGUAGCUUUAGCUCAUAUCACCCGAUCACUCCGUCAUCUACUCCUUCAUUCUAUCCUUCGGUCUUGCCAAGUUCUCCAACCGCAGCCGAUGAUCAAAGUCCCACAAAAGACUCUGGAAUCCUCUCUCGAAUCUCAGAACCGUUCAACUCUUUGUUGUCUGCUCCAAACGCCUGUCUCUCACCUCGCCGGUCGCCUUCCUCCCAUUCUCUGGCGUAUCGCUUCAACUCUGGUGCCCUUACUCGAUCGAGCACCAAAUCAACCGUCAACGGAAGCACAAACCUCAAUGGACUUUUACAACCCACACCCACAUCGAAAUCGCCUCCGGUAAAAAAAUCAAUCAGUAUGACUUUUAACCUUCGUCAUGUCCCAAAGUUUUUGAACCAACGAACCAAAUCAGAUCACGUGACGGAUGGCGAAAAGAUGACUACUAAAGCGCCCGAUGUACAAAUUAUCAUGCCCAAUCUAUCCCAACUCGGUCCGAAUGGAUUCCCCCCUACCUGGCGCUCCCUGGUAUCCCCGGAUCGGUUUCUCCGACUCGAGCAACGCUUUGGCACGCUCGAAAUGAAGCGACAAGAGUUGAUCUGGGAACUCUGUCGAACAGAGCUUGGCUACGUGGAAAGUUUGGAGAUGAUUAUAAAAACCUUUUUCCAACCUCUGAAGAAAACUCAAUCGAUUGCUCCAGCUCCAAGCGGAAAGACGAAAAGCUACACUUGGUUGGAUAUCGUCCCCGAUUCAAUCAUCAACUUGUUUGAAAAUCUUGAAGAAAUUUGCGAGUUACAUCAAGAGAUUUGCGAGUCCAUUGCAGAAAAUCAACAAGCACACCACGUUCCAAAGCAGCUUUUAAUACUCAACGACCAUCAAAUCCCCAACGCGGAUGAGCAUCUCGUAAUCCUCAGAAUUUCAGAUACAUUUCAAAAAUUUGUUGAUCGGCUAAAAGUCUAUCAAAAUUAUUUGAUUUGCUUUGAAUCUGUCCAUCACCUCAUCGACCAGCUAACCAAAGACCCAAACUCCCAAUUUGGCGCAUUUAUUCGCGCGCGUUCCCAGUUGGAAGAAUGUGGCAAGAUGAGCUUCAACAGCUUCUUGUUAAAGCCCAUUCAACGGUUAAUGAAAUAUCCGCUGUUCUUAAAGCAACUUUGUGACGUUACUCCCGUUUUACAUCCAGACCACCUAGAAGGCAAAGAGUUAUGGGAGUCGACAGAUCGAAUCAUCAAAGAAAUGCAGCAAGUCAAGGUGCUAGAAGAGGAUCGGGCGUACCUUAAGUCGAUCGAAAGCCAUAUCAUUGGACUCGCGGCAAGCUUCAAGUUAGCCAAUGGCAAACGCAAGCUGAUCAGGCAAGGCUUUGUCCGUCGAUUCCACGCUGCAAGCAAUCGUGCUCAAAAACAAGAAUUUGUAUCAGAUGAUGAUGUCCAUCAUCCUCAAAAUCCCACUCCGCCGGACUCUCAUCGACGUACCACAGUAUCCUCCUCCUCUUCGAGGUCCUCAUCAACGGCCGUCGACAAACGUAGGCGGUCUCGCUCACAACUCUCUGACGACUGGAGCUUUAGCGAUCAUAUCGGCUUUCGAACAAGUAUGAAGAGUACCUUCUGCACCAGUCCCCUCCCUGAUACCCAUUCCAGCACACCCAGGAUGUCAAAAUCGUCAUCUGCUAGUUUAAAAGGUUCGACGUCACCUCAGGAGUAUUCUUCACCGCGGCCUGACUCUCAUCGGACCCCUCUCCCUGCUCGUCCUGACCAGCAAGUUUCCCCCUCGUUGCCGGCCUUGUCCUCGUCCCUUGGCCCAACGAAGAUAAUAUCUCGUCCAAAGCAGCUAGUACCACUGUCAUCAUCCAAGACAAAGAUGUCAACUCCUAAGAUGUCACUCAAUCUCAAGUCGAGCGAGUCGAAACUCGACCAACUGUCCACCCAUCAUGCUUCGGAUAAACAAAGAGGCACUCUCUCAAGCCCGGCUGACCGAAACCUGAAAACAAAAUCAUCUUCAUCCUCCUUGACAUUUUCUGCACGCGACCAACGUCAAUGGAAAGGUGUGAGGCAGACGAAGACCCCUGGCCGGCAGAAAGCUGCGGAGAUUCUCGGGCUCGAACGCGAAGAGUGCAAGAGUAAGAACGAGGACGAGAGUUUGUAUCUGUUCGUGUUCUCCGAUGGCCUACUCCUCUUUACUCGUCCACUCGCCGACCCGCGUCACAAUACACUCAAACGAAACCACGCCGGUCAUCCCCAGCUUUUCACAUUGGUCGCCGAGCCGCUUGCACUCUCCUCUUUGCUCGGCUUUCGCGUCCUUUCAUCAGAUCACCCUUCACGUCGUCAGCCACAUGCCCAGCCGCGCUCUUUUACCAAUGAUGGUCACUACCCGAAGCCGGAAAAUGGACAACUCGAGAAGGAGAACAAGGAAACGAAAGACUGGGGCGGUGGAGGUGAGGGUGCGAUGAAAAGAGGGAGACGCCGGAGGGCCAAAACCGGGCCCGAGCCGUCAAGAAAAGCGCCAUCCGGUCGCGUUGAGCUGCAAGUCAAGUGCGCCCACCAUGCAGGCGGCGAUGCUCGUCUUCUGGAUCGGAGUACGAUCACACUCACGCUCGGCCUCCCCGGACCCCUGCCCGCGUCAGUCGCACCUUCCGUCUACUACGCCCUCGCCCUCGACCAAACCAACACGUUCACCGACCCCAUCCGAAACGCUAAAAACAGCCACAACGCCUACCAUGCUCUUGAUAAUAAUCACGUGCGGAACGUUCCUCAUGACUUUGUCCCAAAUGACCCCUCGGCAGGCCUGGCCUCGGUCGGCCGGCCAGAACUCAUGCACUCAUUGAGUCUGAUCCUGUUCCCUUGA